AUGGACGCCUUCACCACUUUUGAUAACUACCCCAUCGACCGAGAGACCGGCGGCGGCGGCGAUCCUGGUGCUUACUGCACCAUCGCUUGA